GAGCACCACAGAUAUGAAGUACGGAUAACGGACUAAGGACGUAUGCAAAUAGCAAUUAGCAAGAUAAUACAAAUUAUAAAUUAUAAAUUCUAUCACACAAUCUUUAUUACGUAUUAAAAAUUAAAAUAUUUAAGAAUACAUAAAAGUAUAAUUUAUAAUUAUUAACUAUAAAUUAUAAUAUAAGUAAUCUAUAAGGCUUAAAAGUUUAUAUCAUAGAAUUUCAAUAAUUGUUAAUUAUAAUGCAACCAGCAGCUGGCUUUUAAAUUAUGAUUUUUGAAGUUAAUUCGUUGAUUGUUUAAAUAGCUUAAUAUUUAAAGUAAUUAUAUUAUUUUUGGUUCUUUUGAAGUCAAAAUCGUCAACAUAUUACUGAUUAUUAAAUUUAUAAUAAUGAAAGUAUUAAAAAAUUCUCAUAAACCUUUUGAUUUACUACCGGAUGAAAUGGUUGUAAACACAUUAAGCUUUAUCGAUGCAGACACCCUUUUGGAUUGCAGACUUGUGUGUAAAAGAUGGCGAGAACUUAUAGAUGCAUAUGUAUUUCAAGAAAAAGCUUCACGAGAAAAUGAAUUUGUGAAUAAUGGUCGAGGGUACUACAGUUUUUCUCAAAUUGAUUCAAAUAGUGUCAGAAAACUGGAAUUGCCAUGGUACGUGUUUUAUGUUAUAUGCAAAUAUGAUCCAUUCAAUAGAAAUUUAGUGAAAAACCAUUGUGGACAAAAUGAAUACAAACACUGGGUAAGAUAUGAUAAUAAUUUGUGGACUAUUGAACAAACACCACAAGGUGCACCUUUAUUACCUAGUGAUCCUGAUUUCGAUGGGCAUACAAGCUGUUUUGUAUCAACGUAUCGAUUAUGUUCAAUGAGUCAAACAAUUAUACUCAAAAAUUAUGGUCUGAAUGAAACAGUGAUGAAAACUCUUCAACCUGAAAUUUCAGUUAGUGAAUGGUAUAAUGGUCGCUUUGAUUGUGGCUGCAAAUACAUAUUAAGAGCUACAGUUUUUGAUGGAAAUGAUGAACUAAUAGAACAACACAAUUACAAUGACGUUUUACCUCAAUGGAGGGAUAAUAUUUGGAUAAAAGCUUUACAUUCAUUUAAACAUCAGAGCAAUGCAUCUUACUUAAUUCUUUAUCAUUCUGGAGUAGACACACAGUUUUGGGCUGGUCACUAUGGUACUAAAAUAUCUGGCUCUGUAGUAAAAAUUUUGCUACCAAUCAAAUUUAAAUGUGCUGCCGAGGCUUAGGUAUUUUAAUAAAAUAUGUUGGUAUAAUAUAAUUGUUGCAAUGUUUCUGUUAAAAUUUAAAAGUAAUGCAAAAUUGAUAAUUAUUGAUCACCAAAAAUAUGAGACGUUGGAACAAUUAAUAUUAUUUUCUAUAAAUUAUUAUAAUAUAUUAAUAUUGUUCAUUAGGUAUGUUCAAAUAUUUAUGAAUUGAAAGAUAAGAGAAGCAAAUAUUGUAUUGUUAUAUUUAUUCUAAGAAACUUUAAAUCUAGUCAGAAAUAUUUUUAUUUUUCUAUAAUGAUUAUAGGGGGGUGGCCAGAUUAUAUUUUACAUUUCAUAUCUGGGACAACUAAUUCCAACUUCACCUAAUUAUUUUACUAUAUCUUACCAUUUUUUAUGUAUUAAUUUUAUUAUACACUUAUUCUUGUAUCUUGUGUGAUUACUUUACUGUUGGUUAAGAAAUUAUUGAUUAAUAUUUGACAACCAAAAAAUGAAAAUAAUAUUAAAACCUUUUUUACUCAAGUAUAAUUAUAGUUUAUUCGGGGACAAUAUAAUACUAUAGUUUUAAUGUUCAAACCACAAUUGCAACAUCGAGUUCUUAUAAACAUCUUUGGGAUACUAAAUUACGAGUUCCUAAACCAGUAAAAUCUGAAACGAAUAGUCACCCUAUAUAAUUAUUAAUCAUCAAUAAUAUCUAUUAUCUAUCACGGAAUAAAAUUAUUAUUUAUUGAUUUAUUUUUACAAAUAUAUUUCUUAUAAUAUCGGUAUUAGAUGGCUAAAUUAUUUAAUUAGUAAGAUUUAUUGUGAUAAUAAUUUUAAUUUAAUUUUCAUAGCAUUUAUAUGUACAGAUUGUAAACAUGUUAAUGUUGUGAAUUUUUUCAUAUGUUUAUCAUAGAUGUAUUUAUAUUAGGUACCAAUUUCUAUGGAAAAGAUUAAAAUGUAUUUUUAUAGAAGUUAGUUAUAAACUUUUCUAGAUUUUUAAAAUAAAUUGUUAAUAAUAAAUUAAUAAUUUAGUUAUAAUUUAAUUAUUUACUUCUGUUUUUAGUGUUAUUUUAUACAUCACAUAAUCCACAAAUGUAAUGCAAUUUUACUCCUGAAUUGCCUACCACAGUACCACACUUAUUUAAAAAAAAAAAAAAAUAUAACUGUAUGCCUUGUGGAGA